UCCAUGACCUUCGCGUUGAGCUCCUCCUGGACCUUGGCCGUGCUCUCGAAGGCGUGGCCACCACGGCCCAGCGCAACGAGAAUGAGACGACUGAAUCCGGCACCGGCCGCCAGCUCGUUAGUUCCCUCCUCGGUCGAGAACAUCCACUCGUGCUCGCGGCCCUGCGGGAUGAGGAACACGGCGCAGCUGCCGUUGGGGCCACGCAUGCUGGUGUCCACCAGGCGCAGCGUGAAGCGCGGGUUCACCUGGCCGCCCGCGCCGCCGCUCUGGCCCACGCCCUUGGUCGCGUCCUUCUCGUCGUUGGCGAUGAGCUCGAUGACCUCCUGGCGUCCGACCUUCAGCUGGCGCAGCGCGGCCUGCGUCAUGGCGAACCACUGCGUGGCCUCCACCUCGUGGGUCAGCCAGCGCUGGCGGGCCUCGCCCACGUCGCUCACGAACUGCUUGCCGUUGUACUGCGCCUUCUUGGCGGCCUUGUUGUCCGUCUUGGGGCACUUCGUGGCCGCGACCAGGAAGGGCGCGAAGGGCUUGCGCGCCUCUCGGGGCAGCUCCUGCACGCCCACACCCCAGCUCGUGGGCUCCAUUUCGGCCGCGUCCUUGGCGCUGAAGAAGCCCAGCAGGUGCUGCAGGAUGAAGUCCUGCGCCAUGGUCACGCAGCAGUAGCGGCCGCCGGGCGCCAGCACGCGGCGCACCUCGCGCAGCAUGCGCGUGGCGUCCUGCUUGAUCUCGGGCGUGUCCUCGGCCAUGAGCGCGUCCAGCGCGCCCUUGUCCAUGACCAGGUCGAAGCUGGCGUCGACCAGCGAGGCCAUGGCCGUCAUGUCCAUGACCUCCCAGCGCAGCGCCGGGUGCUUGCGCCGCAUCUCGUCGAUCACGCGCUCGCUGAAGUCGACGCUCAGCAGGUCCGAGAAGCCGUCGGCCGCCAGCUCCGCGCUCAGCGCCGAGUUGCCGCAGCCCACGACCAGCACGCGCACCUUGGCCUUGAGGCGGCGCAGCAGCGACGAGGGCGCGUCAUCAGGCAGCCCCAGCAGCGCCUGCAGCCCGGGCCGCAGCGAGCUGUAGUCGCCGUACCACUCGAAGGCCUUCUCGCCGCGCUUCUGGAAGAACUGGUCCCAGUACUCCUGCUUGCGGAAGUCCUCCGCGCGGCGCGGCAGCAGCUCGUGGGGUUGGCCUUGGCCCGUCAUGGUCUCUUUGGCUAAUGGGAAGCAGAGCCAAUCACAGCCGCAGAUGGGUACACCUGAUUAAACCGAUUUGGCUGCGGGCUCACCAUGAUACACGGGGGCGUGACAUCAUACAGGCGGCCAGUCAUUUUCGACCAGGAGCUUCGAGGCAAAGGACGAUGGACGGCAGCAACCCCCGUACGUAGCGCUAGAUCUAGGCUUGAUGCACCCCCUUCCCUGCCUGUGCGUGUGUGUGUAUACUAAAUACCGACCUCUCCACUCGCGGCCAUGCAGCCAAGAAGACGACGCUGAGCGCCUCGGCCAAGGAGUUCUCCUUCAACCCUGGCGCCACGACGUGGACGCCGCCCGCGUCCUUCGUCCCGCCGCCCCCGGCGCCCGCCCCGGCCCGCGCCUUCGACGUGGCCAUGCCCGUCCCCAAGAAGGGCGGCGCUGCUGUGCUGGGAGCCAAGCCCACUGCUGCCCCCGCCCCGCCUGCCCCUGCUGCGCCUGCCGCCCCUGUUGCGCCCGCUGAGCCGGUCGCCAAGCUGGAGGAGAAGGUGGAGAAGCUGGCCGUGGAGGAGAAGAAGGUCGAGGAGAAGAAGGCCGAGGAGCCCAAGGCCGAGGAAGAGGCUGAGGAGGACACGUUCGAGGAGGAGGCCGAGGUCGGCGACGAGGACCCGCGCGAGCACCUGAACGUCGUGCUCAUUGGCCACGUCGACGCCGGCAAGUCGACGCUGUCGGGUAACCUGCUGUACCUGAUGGACAUGGUGGACAAGCGCACGAUCGAGCGCUACGAGCGCGAGGCGAAGCAGCGCAACCGCGACAGUUGGUUCCUGGCCUACAUCAUGGACACGGGCGAGGAGGAGCGCGCCAAGGGUAAGACGGUGGAGGUCGGACGCGCCCACUUCGAGACGGAGACCCGCCGUUUCACGAUUCUGGACGCCCCCGGUCACAAGAACUACGUGCCCAACAUGAUCCAGGGCGCGUCGCAGGCCGACGUGGGUAUCCUCGUGAUUUCGGCCCGUAAGGGCGAGUUCGAGACUGGUUUCGAGCGUGGUGGACAGACCCGUGAGCACGCUAUGCUGGCCAAGACUCUGGGCAUCAACAAGCUCAUUGUGGUUAUCAACAAGAUGGACGAGUGCAGCUGGGGCCAGGAGCGUUACGACGAGUGCGUGAACAAGCUCCGUCCGUUCCUGCGCAUGUGCGGUUUCGCUGUCAAGCGUGACGUGGCUUUCAUCCCCGUGUCUGGCCUGCAGGGCGACAACGUCAAGGUGCGUGUGGACAAGUCCAAGGCUCCGUGGUACGAGGGUGAGUCGCUGAUUGACCACAUGGACACCAUGCACAUCGCCAACCGUAACCCGGACGGACCUACGCGUGUGCCGAUCCUGGACCGUUACGCCGACCGCGGCACCAUCGCUCUGGGCAAGGUGGAGUCUGGUAUCCUGAAGACUGGCCAGAAAGUUCUUCUGAUGCCCACGAACGCCACGGCCAUCGUGAACCAGGUGUACAUUAACGAGCUGCCCGUGCGCACAGCCAAGCCCGGUGAGAAUGUGACGAUCCGUCUCUCCUGCGGCCUUGACGAAGUCCAGAAGGGCUUCGUGCUCUGCGGCACCAAGGAGGAGACCCCUCCUCGUGCCAUCCACGCCUUCGCUGCUCAGAUCGCUCUCGUGGACACCCUGGAGCACCGCCCGCUGCUGACGGCCGGCUACAAGUGCAUCCUCCACAUCCACACCGUGGCCCAGGAGUGCGUCGUCGCGAAGCUGCUUCGCCCCAUCGACCCGAAGACGGGCAAGCCGGUGAAGAAGCACGUGACCUUCAUUAAGCAGGGCCAGUCGGUCGUGUGCCGGAUUGAGGUGGAGCAGAGCAUCACGGUCGAGACGUUCGCCAACAUGCCUCAGCUGGGCCGUCUGACUCUUCGUGACGAGGGUAAGACGAUCGCUAUCGGUAAGGUGCUGGCGCUUGAGAAGUAAGAAGUAGCUCGGAUUUGGGAGCGCACGAGGCAACUAUCGUGGAGAUGAAGAGGCAGGUGGCCUGGAGAGAGUAUUGGCAGUACUUGUUGGACAGGAUAGACAGGAGUGAGCUCCGUAGCCACUUGGACAGGCAAGCUCCAGGUUGGCUGUCAACAAGGUCACUUUAGGUACCAUAGUAACGGAGCGCUUGCAAUGCACAGUCCAUGUUUUCACUUUUAGCACCUGUGUUGCUGUCCCUGUAAGGUGGACAGCUUGGAAAUAGAAUGGGAUCUGUCCAUUGCAGACCCUCGAAGUGGACACUGAGUCCGAUGCCCCAUCGGCAACCUCAAUUAUUCACUAAGCUGGAGAAGGUUGAGAGGCGUAGGUCAGUGACUCGGAACGUUUGUAUCGUGCCGCGUGCUCGUUGUGCGUCUUCAAAGGUCAUUUGAUUUACUGCUUCUCUAGGCCCCAGCGGAGGCAGCAACCGCGCCGGACAUCUGUUCCCGCGCGAUAGCGAAGAUCGCGACCAGCGAGGACAACUGCAGUUCCUCCGUCGUGCCGUUCGACAGGCGGUGCUCGAGUUUGGCCAGCUCGUCGUAUAAAUACAUGCGGCACCGCGGCGGCAGCUCCAGCUCCGUGGUGUAGCGGUAAACGUCCUGCAGGAUGUCGCUGGUAGCGUAGCCCUUGAGCUUCUGCAUCUCGGCGCACUUGCGCACGGCCGUCGAGAAGGUCUCGUUGAAGAGCCACUGGGUCACCGACUCGAUGUCCUUCGGCAGCGGGUUGCCCGUGCACAGGUACACGUUGGCCUCAUUGACGACGUCGUGGGCCAUGGACGUCGCCUGCAGGAUGUUGAGGAUGCGGCGCAUGUCCCCCUGGCCGAGGCACAGAAUGGCCUUGAAGCCGUCCUCCGUCAUGUUGAGCCUGGCAGCAGCAGAACAGCAACAACAGGUUAGAUAAAACGCUACCUACCACUAUGCACAGUAUUGCAGCGCCGCAGCGUACUUUUCCAGCUGCGCGAUGUGCUUGACGCGGCCGCUGACUUGGCUCUCGUCCAGCGGCGCGAAGCGGAAGCGCGUGCAGCGCGACUGCAGCGCCGGGAUGAUCUUGCUCACGUAGUUGCAGAUGAGGCAGAAGCGCGCGUUCUUCGUGUACUUUUCGAUGACGCGGCGCAGCGAGAACUGCGCGUCGUUGGUCAUCGAGUCGGCCUCGUCCAGGAUGAUGAGCUUAACGCCCUGGCUGAAGAGCUUCUUGGUGCCCGCGAACUCCUUGAUCUGGUUGCGCACCACGUCGAUGCCGCGGUCGUCCGACGCGUUGAGCUCCAGCACCAUGGAGCCGUAGUUCUUGCCGUACAGCCGCCGCGCCGCCGCGAUGAUCAUGGACGUCUUGCCCGUGCCCGGGGGCCCGUAGAACAGCAGGUGCGGCAGCUUCUGCGCGUCGAUGAGGCGGUUGAGCGUCGAGAUGAUCUCCUGGUGCGCGAUCAGGUCGUCCAGCGACGACGGGCGGUACUUCUCCACCCACGGCCACGACUCGGUCGAC